AUGGAUGACACAGAUCAAUCUACAAACCCUGUCAGCCCUUUCUACUUACACCUUGGGGAGAAUCCAGGUUUAACUCUCAUCUCUCAAGUCCUAAGUGAGACUAAUUACUCUUCUUGGAGCAGAAGCAUGAGAAGAGCUCUUCUCUCCAAAAACAAGAUCAAAUUUAUGGAUGGGUCUAUCAAGAAACCCAAGAAAGGUGAAGCUUUGUUUGAUGCAUGGGAAAGAUGCAACAUGAUGGUACUCUCAUGGAUUAUUAAGACAUUUUCUCCACAAAUUGCAGAAAGUGUGAUAUACAUUGAAGAAGUAAAAGAAUUAUGGGAUGAGUUAAAGGAAAGAUUUUUUAAAGGUGACUAUUUUAAAAUCUCGGAUCUGCUGCAAGACAUUCAUUCAAUCAAACAAGGGGAAAGAAGUGUUAAUCAAUACUUUACUGAUUUGAAAAUUAUCUGGGAAGAAUUGGAGUCUCUUAGGCCUAUACCCAACUGUACCUGCAAGAUUCCUUGUAGCUCUGAACUCUCAAAAAUCUCUCUGAAAUACAGAGAAAUAGAGCAUGUUAUAUGUUUUUUAAAAGGAUUAAAUGACACCUAUAACAUUGUCCGAACCCAGAUUUUGUUGAUGGAACCUCUGCCAAACAUCAAUCGCAUUUUUUCUCUCAUUAUGCAACAAGAGAGACAGGAAAGGUCAAAUACUACAAGCCAAAAUCAUACUGCUGAGACCACCAGAGUAUUAGCCAGUGUUACUGAUAGGAAUGGGAAUUGGAAGACAGAGCAAACCUGGAAAAAUCAAGGUUGUGGAGUUGGGACACAUGGACAGGGAAAAGGCAGAGGAAGAAAUCCUAACUAUGGAAAACAAGGCUCCUACUGCAACAAGAUGAAUCACACUGUGGAUGAAUGCUACUCCAAGCAUGGGUUUCCACCUUGGUACAAGAAGAGUGAUAACAAUCAAGAGAAAAGGAGUGGCUGGAAUUCUACUAAUCUCUGCCACAACAAUCCUAGACAUGAUAUUACAGACCAGGGAGGCACCAACACUGCUUUCAAGAAUAUCACACCAAAGCAGAUUGAAAACCUUAUCAAAAUGAUUGAGAAGAAUGAUGAACCUACGCAUAAGAUCAAUCAAUUGCAGAGAAAUGACAAUGAGCACAAACCAGGUACUCUUUCUUGGAUUAUUGACACUGGGCCAGUGACCAUGUGA